UGAUCGGGCAGUUUAUGUAUUAAAGUACAAUCUGGAUAUCAAAAUUUUAAAAUAGAGCUCAAUCUUCAUUAUAGCAAAGCAAAAAGAGUUGUAAGGACACUGAAUAAGUUAUGAAAACUUGCAUAUUGUGCAUUUCCGUAUCUGAGAUGAAAUUUACUACAAUUUGAGUAAUUGUGAAGUGGAAUAUAUUUCCAUUACUGGAACAGGAAGUUAAAUUCCUCUCUGUCCAGUCUGAUAGUGGCCAUUCUAACACAGUUCGACUCGCCUUCCUUGGUUACAUAUGCCUACAUAUAUUACAAAUCUAUCAGAUUGGAAAUUAACAUGUUGUUGUGUGGAAGAGUUUAUUUUGAUAUUUAUUGCUCAUCCUAAAUUGUCAUUGUGGAAGAUUGUGGUCAGUCAACUUGUGGAGUUGCUGUAAACUUCUAGUGAAAGGACUCCCAUGGUGUUGGAUAGGGAAUUUGGAUGGAAUGAUGAGGGUCAGGAUUCACUCAAGUGAGAAAAAAAAUAAAGUGGAGGAGUUCAAUGGGUCAGGCAGCAUCUGAAUGAAUGACAAGUUUUUGGAUCAAGACCCUUCAGACACAAAAUAAUGCCCAGUUCUCUCGGCAGAUGCGGUCUGACCUGCUGAUUUCUUCUAUUUUGAUCAAGAUUGCAGUAUCUGCUGGCACGGGGAACUAAAGAAAAGGCAGCAUCUCUGACGAAUAUGGAUUGGUGAAGUUUUGGGCUGGGAUCUUUCUUCAAACUGAUUAUGGUUGGGGUGGGAAAGCUGGAACAGGGUUGGGGGUAAGAUAAAGUCUGGCAAGUUAUAGGUGGAUACAGAUAAGGAACGUUUUUAAUUGGCAGACUGUUGAACAAAGGCCAGAGUUGAAAAGCCAAAGUUCAUAAUGGAAGAAGAGGUGCAAAUUAUGUUCAUACAGUUGGGUUGUAAGCUGCCCACUCGAAUACGAGGUGCUGUUCCUUCAGUUUGCGUGUGGCCUGUCUGGCAAUGAAGUGCUUCACUAAAAUGGCUUCAAAACAAUGUGACUCAGCUGCACAGCUGGAGGAACAAGUGCGGAAACUGUCAGAAGAACUUGCUCGGUGUCAGGCUGACAAAGAAUUUGUGUGGUCUUUAUGGAAACGUUUGCAGGUAGCAAACCCUGAUCUUUCGCAGGCCAUCACCUUGGUUCUUGAAAGGGAAAAGCAGAAAACUGAAGCCAAGGACAGAAAGGUUUUAGACAUUCUCCAAGUUAAGGAUGACAAGAUUUUGGAACUUGAGCAGCAGGUUAAAUGCCAACAGAAGGAAAUAAACAACUUAAUCCAACGGAAAAUUGCUGUAGAUGACGAGAUCGCAGCAAUGCAGAAGGAAAUGACUGAUUUAAAAGAAAAAAGAAAAAGUAAAAAGCAGGAUUACAAGGACACUAAGGAACGUGCUUGGAAGAGCGAGGAGAAAAAUAGGCUGCUUCAAAAAAAUCUAGAGGAGGAAAAGCAGGGAUUAAGCACACGCUGCACUGACCUGUUAAAUGACCUGCAGAAGCAAGCAGCCCAGUGGAAGGAAGAGAAGUCUGACAUUGACUCCAAAGUAAAGAUUCUGGAGGAUGACUUGAAAGAAGCCAGGAAUCAAGUGGAAAAGAUGCACAACAAAUGUAAUGACCUGUCAUCUCGCCUUGGGAAUCAACAGACCGAACUAGCACAAAAGGACUCUGAAGUCACUAAAUUUAGGCAAGUGGCAUUUUGGAAGGAGUUACUGGACUUGCAGGGUUUGUACAAAGAAAGCAUUGAUCAUGCAGCCCAACAAGCUGAACUCAUCCAACAACUACAGGCACUGAGCCUAGAAACCCAGAAGGUGAUGAGGAAUCAGGAGGAUGCUUAUGCUUCAGAGACUAAGACUUACCAAAAGAACUACAGUGAGUUAAACAUGCAUUACGAUGCAUUGAAAACCAGUGAGGCACAACAGCAACAAGAACACUUUACUCUGAGAGCUCAACUAUAUCAAAAGGAGCAACAAAUAAGCCAACUUUUGCAAAAGCUCCAAGAGGCUUUAGAUUCUAAACAAACUGCACUGCGUCUGACAACUGGUGUAGAGCAGCAAACACACCAUAAUUCAACCGGUGAUUUACAUCAUCAAGUUACCACACAGAGGGCAGAGAUUAAGUCAUUGAAGGAUAAACUUAAAGUAGCAAGUGGAAAAUUAAUGGACCAUUUUGAUAACGGACUGCUGGAACUAAACUUUGCUCCAAGAAAACAAGGAAGACAUUGGGAUCUGUGUGUGAAGCGUUCCAGGUCGCUUUCUCCAAAGAAUUCUACUCGAGAACCAGAUAAAAUGACGAAAACAGAUAAAAUACAGCAGAAGAAUCAAAACUUCGAGGAACUAUUGAAACUUAAGGACCAAGAGAAUGAAGAAUUGAGAAAGGCUCAUGACAACCGUCUGGAGCGCCUGCGAACAUUGCAGAACAACUACAGGUUACUUAAAGGGCAAGUAAAAGAAUUGGAAGGGGAACAAAUCAAAAAUAACAACAGCACAGGCAAACUGCAGCGAGCAGAGCCAUGGCAGCUGCGGCAGGAAGACAGUGAUGGUGUAUGGAAUGAACUAGCAUACUUCAAACGGGAACACAAAAAGUUAUUGACUGAAAAUAUGAACCUGAGAGAGGAGCUGGACCAGCUGAGAGUGCAGUCUGCUGUGGACAAAGCCACUAUUCAGGAACUGACCAUGUGCCUACAGCAGGAACGAGAAGAGCUUCUCUUCAGACUUGAAGAAGCUGGAAUGAAAUGUAGCACGCCCAAAACUACAACACAAGAAAAGCUGGAACAUUCAUUAAAGAAGAUUAGCCAUUUGGAAAGAAAGCUCAAAACUAUUCAGAGAGAAGUCAAAGAUUUAAGAGAAACAAACGAGGAAUUGAUACAGGCCAAUGCUUCAUUGAAAACUGCCUCCAAAAAAAUUCAUAGUGAAUUAGAAAACCAAGCUAUUGAAAUAGAAGAACUGAUGAAGGCAAAUCAACAAAUUAAGGCAGAAAGAAAUGAGCUGGCUGCGAUGACAGAUGAAUUAAACACGGAAUCUUCCUGCCUCAAAAGAGAAAUAGCAGACAUGGUACUUUUGAGGAAAGAGAAUGAGAUGUUGCUGCAGAAAAUACAAAGGCUGCAAGAAACUCUUGAAUCUGAGACUGACAAAAUCAGCACUGGAUCAAUAGAGGGAAACAGCACUGGAAGUUGUGUAUGUAAAACUGCAGCCUAUAAUCUGAGAAAAAAAAGAAGAAAAAACAAUUCCAUGAAACGGUACCAGAGACUUCUCAACCGAUCCAUCAAGAAGAUGAGCAAUGUCUUUGAGCACUUCAGUAAAGAUGGGUGGGAAGAUAUAACUGGAUCCAGUGACUCUGAAGAGACUGCUGCUGAGAGUUUGGGAGAAUUGAUAGUGAAGACUGCUCGGCAAAUUACUCCAACAACAGCACGAAAUACAGCAGUGUCACUAAAGAAGAAAAAUGAAAGAAAUCAAUUGUUUGGAACAAAGAAGGCAGAAGCAAAAGUUGAGCCACAGUUUCAUUGUAAAGAAGUAAGGAAACAGAAAACCAGUCAAACCAGACAAAGUAUUUCCAUCCUUGCCUUACAGCAACGUUUAAUAUCAUUGCAGCAACAGAUUGUUGUUAUGAAGAAUGGGAAAAAGGUAGCCUUAAAUACUGUCAACGAACUGAAACAGAACAAUCAAAAAUUAACAUCCCAAUUGACUUCGAUGAAUCAGAAGCUACAAGUACACAAACAGACAAUUCAGAAGCUGACAUUGGACCUUGCGGAGUUGCAACAACAGAAAGAUGCACUGGACAAGAGAUUGGCAGAGCUGCAAGCCCUUGGUUCGAGGUCAGCAGAUGAGUGGUCAUCCUUGGCAUCCAGCCAAACACUCCACACUCCAACAACAUUGCAGAAGCCUAUGGAAGCUGAACUGAAACAGCUGCAGAGUAAAUUGAAGAAUUCAACAAAUGAGAUAUUGAAGCAUUUAACGACCAUCAAAACUAUCAAAGCUGACCGACAGGAAAAGGAAGAUCAGAUUCGACAAUUGCAGGAAAGGGUUAUUCAUUUGGAACGAGACAUCAACAUGAAGCGACAAUUUUUGGAAGAUCUAAAAUCAAAAGUGAAAGCAAACCAAGAAAGUGCUAACAUAUAUAAAGGAUUAUUAGAGGAAAUGGAAAAAAAGGUGACCAAACUGACUGAAGAAAGUUCCACCAGGAAAGCAUUUGCAGAGUCACUGAAGCAAAGACUUAAUGUUGUAACAAAAGAGAGGUUAGCUUAUCAGGAGAUGCACCGUAAAACCACCGGAGAAUUGGAGAGAAAGAAUCAUAAACUGCAUGACCUCAAAACGAAAGUGGUUGAGGCAGAAUCUGCAAUGGCAGAACUGGAGACAACAGCUUCACAACAGAUGCACGGGCUGGCAAUGCAAAGUGAACAGGCUCUGGAAACCGUUCAAAAGAAAUUGACUCUUGCUAAUGGAAGAGUGGAAGAAUUUGUAUCAUUUGUUAAGGCCCUAGCCAGUGAGCUAUGCAGAGAAGUUCAAAGCAGGAGAACCUACUUGAAGCGAGCAAAGAUGAAACGAUUAUGCCAUGAAGGUCUUUCAAAGGAGUCCUUCAGCAAAGCCCAGUCCGUUGCAGCAUCCAUCCUUAAUAUUUCACAAAGUGAUCUGGAAGACCUAUUGGAUCUUGAGGAUGAAGAGGAAUCAGGAGAAACUAAAAAAGCCUUGCAGAAAGAUCAAAAUUGGCUGGCUCAAAUACAGAAGAUACUUGGAGGCCAGUUUCCCUGUGCCCCAGGUUUAAUGGAAGCUCUCCUGGAAAAGAUGGCAGAGAAAGAGAAACUUGAUAAAGAAUAUGCAUUGCUCCCAAAAGAAGACGUCUGACAGUUUUUUUGCCUUAUCGUAGAUACACAGCAAUGUUCUUUGGCUGAUGGGUUACAACAGAAUAAAAAAAUAGUGUGAUGCUAAAAUCAGAACAGGCUUUGUUGUUUUCUGCAAUGUCUGAUCCUGUGAUAAUACAAAAUACAUCGAAAAGAAUGGAAACAUUUUUCAUUGGAAUAUCUAUUUUAUUCCCCUAAAGUAUAGAGAUAUUAAUUUAAUAAAUCGCUUACUUCCUCAUCUCUUGCUAAAAACAUUUAUUACAUUCGAUAUUAAUAUUAAAUAAUUUAUAUUCAGAGUAUUUUUUGAUGAACCUUAAACAUUAAUUGUCUCAUAUAUUUAUGCUUUGAAUGUGGGGAGAAUUCAUUUUUUGAACCUCAUUAAAUGUAUUAUUUUUUAAAUUCAUAAUUUAUAGUACUGUUUAUUUCGAAAUGUAACUAAUUUAAGCGUGUGGUUGUCAAUAUCCUAUCAUAGAUUUCACUACAAAUUAAUUUGGUAUCUUUCUGCCCAUUUUACAAGAAAUUACUUUAUUGCUUGUAAGAAAACAUAGCUCAAUAUGCAGUUGUAUUUAAUAAAUGUUUUAAUUAG